AAGUUCGUACAAACCGGAAACGGAAAUUUGGGUACUACGCUGUCGAAACAUAGCAUUUUGAUGCUAUCACUCCCAUCAGGCUUAGUGAUUUCCUUAAAUUGACCUCACGAUAAUUGUAGAGUUUUUUUCGUGUUUGUGUUUGCUAAAGCAAGCAAUACAAAUACGUAAUGUGUUAGCCGCUUUGCUACAUAGCGUCAAGUACUAGGCUAACGUUAGCUUGGCCGUUGCUGUUUCUUUGUUGACGUCUGGCUGCAAAGAAAAAUUUGAAGGUGUCAGCCACUGUUCGAGGCACUGAGUGAUUAUGGCCGACCCUGCACGGAUCAAACCUGAGGAUAAAUCUGACAGGACGACUUCUCCUACCGAGGAGCAUCCAAAAUCCGAGGAAAAUGAAGAUGUACCUGUCGCAGCAAAGACCACACAUGACAACAAAGAGUCGUCCUCGCAAGAUCAGAACAAACCGGAGGUUAAACCUGAAACAACACCUGGAGAAGAUGAGGAAGAAGGAACCUCUGGCCAGCCUCCUUCCAAAAGACUGAAGGUGGAACCAGAGAAGAAGAAGGAGAAGCGCCACAAGGUUGAUGAAGAUGAAAUACAAAAGAUGCAGGUUUUGGUGUCGUCCUUUUCUGAAGAGCAGCUGAAUCGCUAUGAGAUGUACAGACGUUCUGCCUUCCCUAAGGCUGCUAUUAAGAGGCUAAUCCAGUCCAUAACAGGAUCAUCAGUGUCCCAGAAUGUAGUGAUUGCCAUGUCUGGUAUUGCCAAGGUUUUUGCAGGGGAAAUUGUUGAGGAAGCACUGGAUGUUUGUGAGAAGUGGGGAGAUACACCACCUCUUCAGCCCAAACAUAUGAGGGAAGCAGUGAGGAGGCUGAAGAGCCGAGAUCAGAUUCCCAACACCAAGCAUAAGAACACACUCUUUCACUGAGGUACCACUGUUUUACACUGUAUGGGGAUGAUGUAGACAGAAGACUGCCUGUGAUUAUAACGUGGUGCCAUCAAAUUGGGAAAUCUUGUCACGAAACCGCUGUAACCAUACUGCAGCCAGUCAGGCACAGAUUAUUCUCUACUUCCUGACCAAGUUCAGUAUUGACUGUGGUAUUGAAGAAUGGCCAAGGCAGCUGCGAAAUACAAUCCAAACUGUUGCAGCAGAAAAGUAGACCUGACAUUUGCCAAUAAUCGUUAAGGUAAACACUUGAUGUAACAAACAGUUCAAAUGGUGUAAAAUUAUAUUCAUGUAUUAUGGUUGUAAAUACAGUUUUAUACUUCAAAA